CUGUCUCGGUCAUCAUCGUCGACAAAACCGCAACCAACCUCCCCACGCUCAACAAACCUCGCCCAUCCAAACCCCUCCGUCUCUCCCUCUCCCUCGAUCGAUCGAUCGAUUCCGACAAUCCAUGGCUAGAGGCUCGUCUCAGUCCCAGUCCUCGUCCUCCGUCACCUCCCGCCCGGGCGUCACGGUCCCCCGCGGCUCGGCCGCCGCUGCCGCCGGCAUGCGCCGGCGGAGGCUCGGCGGGGGAGGCGGCGGCGGGGGAGGAGGAGCCGCCGCCGCGGCCGGCUCCGGAGGACUCGGCGCCGGGGGGAGCAACAUGCUGAGGUUCUACACCGACGACGCUCCGGGGCUCAAGAUCUCGCCGACGGUGGUGCUCGUCAUGAGCCUCUGCUUCAUCGGCUUCGUCACCGCCCUCCACGUCUUCGGCAAGCUCUACCGCUACAAGUCCGGCCCCGGCGCCUGAGCUCCACCCCUCCAGGUCACGAUCUCGCGCUUCCUCCCUUUAAUUGGCACUGAUUAGCGUAAUUCCGGAAUUCGAUCGCGCCCCUGAUGUUAGCUGAACGACACGAACACGGCUUUGUCUUGUUAUCUGUUCUCUUCUUACUUACUGUAAAACUUGCGGUAGAAUUUUGGUGUUUCGGAGUGGCUUUGAGCUGAUCUGUUUUGGCGUUUGAAGAAAAAAGAGGGGUCUUUUUCAGUGUAAA